AUGGGGAAAACUGGAAGAGAUUGGACUCAGAUCUACGCAAUCUACGGCAUGGAUGAUUGGCAAACACCGGUGUUCCUCUUAAUCCACGCGAUCUUCUUCUCAGCGUCAUCAGUCCUGUUUCUCAUCUACUUUGAUUGGAUCUGUUCCUCCUUCGAGUCGAUUCUCCCCGCCGUUUUUUCUACCGGUUUCGCUAGAUUCGCUGCCGGUUUCACCGGCUCCGUUACGGCACUCUCCGGCGUAUGCCUUUUUUACGCAGCCGGCAACAUUUUUUACUCCUCCGUCGCACUUCGCUGGGACAUGGCUCAGCGUAUGGUCGGUGCUGUACACGACUGGUCCACCGUGAAAACAGCCCUAGACGUAGGAUGCGGCCGCGGCAUCCUUCUAAACACCGUCGCCAUGCAACUCAAAAAAGAAGGAAGCUCAGGCCGAGUCGUCGGGUUAGAUCGCAAGAACACGACGUUAUCCACUCUCAGAACAGCCGGGAUGGAAGGCGUCCAGGAGUACGUCACCUGUCGAGAGGGAGACGCGCGUAGGCUCCCGUUCCCGGACAAUUACUUCGACGUAGUGGUGUCAGCCGGGUUUCUCCACACCGUCGGGAAGGAAUUCGGUCAGAAAACAGCGGCGGCGGCGGCGGAACGGAUGAGGGUACUCGGGGAAGUUGUCCGGGUGCUUAAAGGCGGUGAGAUUGGAGUGAUAUGGGACCUGAUCCACGUGCCGGAGUACGUUCAGCGGUUACAAGAAUUGAAGAUGGAAGACAUUCGGGUCUCUGAGCGUGUAACUGCCUUCAUGGUGAGCAGCCACAUCGUAUCAUUUCGCAAGCCAUGUCAGCACGUUGUGGGUCCCAGUGAAGUUAGAUUAGACUGGAGAUUCAACAAUAUAUGUUGA